AUGUUGUCUGCACAGGGAACUGGUGCCUUGGCUCUUUUCCACAGUGUCAUAAUAGUGACUGCACUGAUAGACUCUGAUGAUGUCAUCUCACGAGAUGAGCAGAUCUACGUUGUGAUUGAUGCUCACGCCAAGUGUGAGAGGAACAUCCAGGCACAAAUGUCCCUGGUUAAAGAAGGUGACUGUAUCCCAGAGUGGGAUGGGAUCAUCUGCUGGCCACAGAGCAGAGCAGGUCAGCUGGUGUCAGUGCUGUGUCCAGAGUACAUCUACGACUUCAACCACAGAGGGCGAGCCUACCGCCAGUGUGACGCAUCAGGGAACUGGGAUCAGGUGCCCAAUAUCAACCGCACUUGGGCUAACUACAGUGAGUGUACCACCUACUUGACCACCAACCACAGGAGCCAAGAAGUGAAGGUGUUUGAGAGACUCCAUCUCAUCUACACUGUUGGCUACUCCAUUUCUCUAGCAUCGCUGUUGUUGGCAGUCUCCAUCCUCUGCUAUUUUAAGCGUCUCCACUGCACACGCAAUUACAUCCACAUUCACCUCUUCACCUCCUUCAUAUGUCGAGCAGUCAGCAUUUUCGUGAAGGACGCUGUGCUCUACACCGUAUCUGAAGACAGAGAGGCUGAGCCUGAGUUCACUGCACCGAAGCCUCAUAUGGCCGGCUGUAAAGUUGCUGUUACCCUCUUCUUUUAUUUCCUGGCGACCAAUCAUUACUGGAUCCUGGUGGAGGGGCUGUACCUACACAGCCUCAUCUUCAUGGCCUUCCUCUCUGACAAGAACUACCUAUGGGCCCUCACCAUCAUCGGCUGGGGUGUUCCAGCAGUGUUUGUGUCUGUUUGGGUCAGUGCUCGAGCAUCGCUGGCAGACACACAUUGUUGGGACAUCAGUGCUGGAAACCUGAAGUGGAUCUUUCAAGUUCCCAUUUUGGCAGCCAUUGUUGUGAAUUUCCUCCUCUUCGUCAACAUAAUACGUGUACUAGCCUCUAAACUGUGGGAAACAAACACUGGUAAAUUGGACCCUCGGCAGCAAUAUCGGAAGCUGCUCAAGUCCACAUUAGUCCUCAUGCCCUUGUUUGGAGUUCACUACAUGGUGUUCAUGGCUCUUCCUUACACUGAAGUCACCGGGCUGCUGUGGCAGGUGCAAAUGCAUUAUGAGAUGUUCUUCAAUUCAUCCCAGGGCUUUUUUGUGGCAUUUAUCUACUGUUUCUGCAAUGGAGAGGUGCAGGCAGAGGUAAAGAAGGCGUGGUUAAGACGCAGCCUUGUGCUGGACCUCAAACAGAAAGCCAGGAUGACCAGCAGCGGUGGGGGAGGCAGCUGUUACUACGGCGGCAUGAUGUCACACACUACCACCCACAGCGUCAGCUUGUCUGCUGCCAAUCCCAGAGCUCUUUCCUUCACUGGAGGUGUGGUGGGCUCAGGUGGAGCUCCCAGUGGAGGGUCAGGAGUCAGGCAGCCACGCCACGGCUCUCUCCACCUGCAAACCAGCCUGCCUGGAUACGUGACCUCCGGCACCCUACAGGAGACGGCUGUGCGGAAUCCCGGGGGGACGGAGUCUGGAGUUUUUGCCAGGCAUGUCAGAGCCAGCAAGAUAAAUCAUAACACCAAAAGUCAUGGAGCAUCUCCAGCACAAACCCCUGGAGCAGAAUAUCCAGACAGCUGCUUAUCUCUGAAAGAGCUGGAGACCAUCUUGUGACUGUUUUGAUAAAUUGACAGAUGGGCAUAAAUGAGGUAUUGGACUCAAGGUAGACUAACACAGAUGACAGGGAUGAAUUUUUCUGACUUCACCUGACUAGAAUGGUCAUCUUUACAAGCCUCUAUGUUGAUGUGCAAGACUGAGGACCUCCCAAACUAGACAUUUCAAGGAUUUACUUGUGUUUUGUCCACUUCUUCCAAGGUUAAGAAAUAACUUUCAGUCUCAACUUUUAAGCCAACAUAGACGAGGAGUCCUUAAAGUGUUUAAAUAAAUAAACAUCUACAAUUCCAUAACUGAGAAAGAUCUUGUGAUAUGAUCAAAAACGCCAGAACAGCUUCUGAGCAGAGCUUGUGUGGGGAUUGUUUAGUUAACAAUGGUUGUGUGGUUCUCUGGAUGUUUUAGUGGAUGGGAUCAAAUUUCCAUCACAUAAAAUAUGAGGGAAUAGAAACACAUUUUCUUUUACAAAAUGACACUGAAGGCCUUUACUCAUUAUGACAUACCAAAUCAGGAUUUAAUAUAGUCAUACAUAACUGAUGGAUUUCUUGUAGCUCUAUUUCAUUUCUGUCAGUGUACAUGAAUUGAACAUACAUAUUUAUAUGCUUUCAAUCAAUGUGAAAGAAACUGCACUUGUGCACUGUGUGUUUGUGUGUGUGUGUGUGUGUGUGUGUGUGUGUGUGCGUGUGUGUGUGUGUGUGUGUGUGUGUGUGUGUGUGCGUGCGUGCGUGCGUGCGUGCGUGCGUGCGUGUGUGCGUGCGGCCACUGUCUAUGAAUCUACUGUAGCAAUUCUCCCAUUUCUAAAUGUUGACCACACAUAUCAGCCACACAUUUAUGAUGGAGGAAGCAUUACUCCAUUAGUUACUUUACCCAGCUAACUGUCCACAUUUGAUGAUUUCUAACAGUAAUGACAGUAAUGUCCAGACAGCAUGUCUAGACAGGUAAGGUCUCUCUGCACCUGUGUUGUUGUUGUCCAUGUUGUCUACACAGCCCUAUUUAUCAUUCUGACAGGACCCUGAGGGCUGAUUCACAAACCUUUUGCCCCUCGCUGGCCAAUUCCCCAACCCCUUCCCUCUGUGUAACCUCUGCCCCGAUCGCCCUCACAACACCUUCCAGAAUUUCACACUCACCCCCCAGGCCUCUACUCGGAGCAAGAGGCACUUGAGCCGUUUGUAGACCUCGAGCAUGAGUGACAAAACCUGCAGCACAAGGCACCAGUAUUCACAAUGUAAACAGAAUGGAAAAAUGUACCUGUAAAUAUGUUAGGAUUGUUUAGGUGUUCAGAGAGAUAUGUACAGUGUACGAUAACUCUGAUAAUGUAAUCAAUGUUCUGAGAGUAUGCCUUGAGAGUUUAAAUAAAGUGAAUUAAAUUAAGCUGAA